UUGGCCAAAGAAGAUCAUAUAUAUCGUUUGAAUCAUGUCCUCAACUCUCUUUUUCGAUUCACCUUGCAUAACUUCAACAUUCGUCAACUGUGGAACUCUGUAGCUUUAGCCAACUUUUUAUUCGAUCAUGUCGGUUUGGAUUGUUUCUCUCGGUUACCUCCUCCAUCUUUGAAUUCCAUAUCUUGUACUAUUGUCCCACCAGCUUUCUAUGCAACACUCAUCACUUUUCUUCAUGCUCCUCGUCCUCUCAAGAUAAAACCAAUGUGUAGUAAUUGUAAUACGAAAGUCGCCUCCCGUCGAAAGUUGUGUGUAGCCUGUUAUCGUUAUCAUCUGAAACAUGGAGAACCAAGACCUUUACGUUUAAUUGUUGCCAAUCGACCUGGUCCUCGUCAUAAUUUACUGGAUUCUUACAACAAUAAUCAAACAAUAACCAAAACUAACAACAAGAAAUAUGGGAAUACAACUGGAACAAGAUCACGAUCAAUCAUCAACAAACAUUGCGCCAAUUGUGGUGUACAAGAAACUCACCAAUGGUAUAGAAAUUUAUGUGGUCAAGGUCACUGGUGUGAAACCUGUAAGAGUUAUUAUCUUCGACAUAAUAAGGUAAGACCUCCAGAAUUAUUUGUCAAGGCUGCCAAACGCAAAGUGGAUGUACGAUUUUUAGUUAGUUGGGCAUCAUGGGCAUGCGAUCAACAUGAAGAACAACAACAAGAUCGACAACAACGACGAUUAUCAUCCUCUUCUUCUACUACGACACCUACUUCUGUUACCAGU